AUGCCCGAGUUGAAUGUUGGAAUCUGUGGCGCCGGCAUCGGCGGACUGGCGGCGGCUAUUGCCAUCAGUAAAGCUGGUGCAAAGGUGACGGUCCUGGAAGCUGCUCCUGAACUCGGCGAGAUUGGUGCUGGUAUCCAAAUGACGCCCAAUGUGGCCCGACUGCUCAUGAAAUGGGGCGUGGACAAAGUGAUUGGCGAUGAUCUCGUCGAGUUCGAGGAGCUGAACAUGAGAAGAAAAGAUGGCACCUUGAUUGGGUACACGAAAACCAUCCCUAACGUCCGCAACUAUUUGGGUGGUGUGCCCUGGUGGUUAGUUCAUCGAAUGCAUCUCCACGCCGGUUUAGCAGAAGUGGCAUGUCGCGAGGGUGCAAACCUCGUGAUCGAUGCUCGGGUGGAGGAAAUCGACUGGACCUCGUCUCCGUCCAACAAAGUCACAGUCACCACGGCUAAGGGUCAAUCAUGGACAUUCGACCUACUCAUUGGCGCAGAUGGAGUACGUUCCACGGUCCGCAAAGCCAUCAUGCCUCAUGUCAAACCCGCGCCUCCAACGGGCAACUGCGCAUAUCGAGCCAUCGUCCCCUAUGAUGAGAUCCGACGAGACCCUGUCGCCAAAGAACUCAUCGAGAAACUCACCAUGGAAGUCUGGAUGGCCGACAAGUCGUACAUCAUUUCGUAUCCCAUUUCCAAUGGCAAACAGUUCAAUAUGGUUCUGAGUCACCACGUGGACCAUCUAGUUGACGAUGUCCAGGACAUCGACAUGGAGAAGGACUUUCGACAGACGUACAAGGACUACGAUCCGAGAAUCAAGAGGAUUGUCGACAUGGUUACUUCUGCCAGGAGGUGGCCGUUGCUGGUCACUGGACCGUUGGAGAGCUGGUCAAGCAAGAAAAAGAACAUUGUGUUGAUGGGUGAUGCGGCACACUCCAUGACCAACCACAUGGCGCAAGGAGCAGCGACUUCAAUGGAAGACGGCGCCUUCAUAGCUCGAACAUUGGCAAAAGUCGUGGAGGAUAAAAUUACUAUUGCCCAAGCCAUCGAGAUCUACGAGAAGACGCGGAUGCCAAAGGCGUACUACAAGCAACAGGUGUCAUUUAUCAACGGCGCCAUCUGGCAGGUUCCAGAUGGCCCCAUUCAAGAGGCACGCGACAGAGCCAUGGCUCCCGAGGUGAAGGGCGAGCAAUUCAUGCGCUCGCCGAAUCUGUAUGGAGACCCAGUGACAACCUUGAGUGUGUACGGGUACGACGCCGAAGAGGACGCGGAUAUCGCCAUCAGGGCAUAUCUCCAGAAAUGCGAGCCAUACGAUGUAAACACCGGAGUAACCGACCGUGAGCUGGAGCGCUUCGUGGGAUGGUGGUGGCCAAAGGACAAGAUCCCGCUCACGGCUUCAAAACUGUGA